GUUACCACAUUUACACUACUACCGACGGAAACUCUGCAACGACCGGCCCGGAGGGAAGAGCCGCCAACGGUCAAAUAGAUACCUGAUACAUGCAUCAAGCCUUUGGCAAUUUCCAGUAUCAUCAAGCGCGGACCAGUGGGCUGGUUGGUCAUUCGAGUUAGCAAGCAUCUCGUCGUACUUGAAGGACGUUUCGUUGCUGGCAUUCAGGACGCAGCCAGUCUUCGCAGUAUAGAUCUGGGUCCGUUGUAGAACGCGUUGCUGAGAGAGGAACCUCACGAUCCUCCUGCACGCAAAGAGUCCAUCCACCUUCUUUGGGUACAGGUUGAGGGGUUCUGUUUGCCCUGCGUACUACCUUAUAUCAACGCCGGGCCGUCGUGUUCUGCACCGCUGUCCGUCGUCUCCGACUGACGGAGACUUGGUAUUGGGCAUCUUCCACUCACAUAGCUCCCCGUCUGCAUUCUCACACUUGAACCCCAGAGGUCACUAUUUCCAUUUUUCAUCCAUCACCAACUCCCACUUUGUCUCAACAGCGCCUAUUGCCUACAUCAGCCGUACCGAUUUCGACCUCUCACAUACACUGAACGGCAUCAACUCCGGGGACGUCGUCCUUCAUCUCACGCGUUGCGUUUCCAUCAUUGGUCCAUACUCCAACAAUUCGAUCACCCGCCUUCAACCCAGGAAGCAGCUACGCCUCUGCGCACGAUCAUUGGGGUUUGGGCGUAAAGGACGCCAGCAGGGAACAUUUGCUGGAAUCCAAAAUAUAUCGGCAUCACCAUCACACAUGACGACUUUCACAGCUCUAAAUGGGUCAUCGCCCAGGCCAACUGAGAUCUCCAAUGGUGCUCGGGAGCUUGAACGCGGAAACGGACAGUCUGCUGGUCCAGACCCAAGAUCCGCUAGUGAUGUUGCAGUCAGCCAGAGAGAACGGGACCGGGAAAACUGGGGCACUUCAACCCGUGAAAGGCAUCCGUAUCCUGUGACUAAUUACCACGAUGCUGAACCUGCCCCAAAACGGAUGCGGACAGAUUCCGAUUCUCACUCUCCCAGGCGGGAGCACAGGCCUUCACCCAUUUCCACUGAGCGGCCCGACAAGUUCGAAAGAACAGAGAGAACUCCCAUUGAACGGACCGAAAGGUUGGAAAGAACGGAAAGAAUGGAGAGAGUGGAGAGGCCUGAAGUAACAGAGAAGGCGGAGCAAUAUGAACCCCCACGGCCUCCGUCCAACCCCCAUGACCGCUAUCCGUCUCCCCAAAAGGAAGGAUAUCGUGGUUACGAAAAUCGUGAGAGCGAUGACCGAUGGCGCUCUCAGCAGGCCAGAAGUGAGAGGAACGCAAGCUACGAUGCAGCUUACUCGGCCGGGCCAGUAUCCGGCCAGUCCGAGGAGCCGAUGGGCGAACAUAUGCGCAGAGCGACCAGUCAAGCAGACAGCGGCGACUACGAAAAUCAGAGCCCCGAUGGUGACGAAAACCGCUACUCGGAUCAGUACACGCCUGAGCAGCGCAGAGAUGGCACCGUUCAGUCCGACCCCAAGAAGCGGAAACGCAAUUUCAGUAAUCGGACGAAAACCGGUUGCCUGACGUGCAGGAGGCGCAAAAAGAAGUGUGAUGAGACAAAGCCUCAGUGUACCAACUGCAUCAAGGGUUCAUUCCAAUGUGCUGGUUACCCACCACAGAGGGGUAACUGGCAGAAGCCUGAGAGCAAGCCAACCCAAGUCAACAUCGAGUCCAAGGAUCCCAACUAUGUCCCUCUUGGAGCAUAUGGGAUGCCGCAGCAACCGAUCCCUCCUUACACCAGCAACACUGCUCCGAUAUUGAGCCAACCAAAGCAGCGCGAGCCUUUCCCGAUGGCGCGUGGGCAGCAACCCACUCUCCGCAUCACACCGCCUCAAGGACGGCCUCUUCAAAGCGACGACGACCGGCUCACGGCAUCAACUCUUCCUAGUGCAUCGGUUAUUAGCCCAGACAACAAACUGUCCGCCCUCUCAGCUUAUCCUUCAAACGUCUUCCCCACGCCCAUCAGUGCCCGGACGCCCCUUAGAGAGUAUGCAAGAGUGCCCCCGCUCCACGAUUUGACGAGGACAGACCCUGACCACCAACCACCGCCGCCACCACCGCCUCCUCAAAGCGCCAUUUCCGCACAUCCUCCAUACAACCUUCAUGGUAGCCGAACGGACACGCCAACAUCAGCGGUCCAGCCUCUAAUCACAUCUCAGCCACCUUCAAGUGCCGUACAGGCGACUGCGCAGCUAGCACUAUCCCAUGCGCAGUCGCAUACUCCGUCCAGCGCUACCGUGCCCCCCGUACGAAGGGAGAAAGACGAGAUGAUCAGUGGACGAGCCUUUUAUCCCUUCGACAAGGAGCUUGUGCUAGAACGCGAGAGAUGCAAUGCAGCUUGUUGGAGAUUCAACAACUCGACCAAUCCUAACAUUGGCGUAUCACCUGCUGAACGCGCCCGACUUUUCAAAGAGAUCUUGCACCCACGCGAAGGUGUUCAGUUGACGCCCAACCAGCUAUCCCCCAUAGGCCGUAUUGGUCAUGUUGGUGAUAACGUUUCGGUCGAGGCCCCGUUCAACUGUGACUAUGGGUACAACAUCUCCAUUGGCAAUAACGUGUCUAUCGGCCGGAACUGCCUGAUUACCGACUCUUGCGAGGUACGCAUUGGGCACAAUGUGAUUAUCAGCCCGAAUGUCAACAUCUACACAAACAGCUGCUACACAGACUGGAGGCGCCGUGAUGGGCACAGGGGUGCGCAGUUUGGCAAGCCAGUCAUCAUUGACGACGAUGUCUGGAUUGCGGCAAACGUGGUCAUCUUGCCCGGUGUAAAGAUCGGAAGGGGGUCAACGGUUGGGGCUGGGUCAAUUGUUUCAAGGGACGUUGCUCCCUACAGCAUCUACAUUGGACGGAAAGCAAACAUGCACCGCGGCAUUCCAACUUGAUGUUGUUACUGUCUGGUGUCACAGUCCUCACGCUUCCAACCGCGAUCACCAUCACCACCAGACCUCAAUCUACAUCUGUACUGGUCUUUGCAAGGACCGGACGAAACCCAUUUCUGUAUAUUCUCACAUAUCUUUCCCGUUAUCUCUAUCUUUGGUAUCUCCUUACUCCUCUCUAUUUCCUCUAAUUACUUAUUUGUCACAUCUAUCUGUGUGAGGCGAUUGGAUCGAUCGGUGGGAGGGUGGUUCGAAAAAAAAAACACGGAUCUGGUUCAGGAAGAAUGAAUGAAUGGGACAGGAAAAGACAAGAUGGAGAAGAAAGACACGCCGCUACGAUUGAAUUGCGAGGUUGUCGUUCGAGAAUCGAAGAAGCGUCGUCAUCGCCAGCUUCACCACGAUCAUUUACCUCAUGUCACAUGCCUACGAAAAAAGAAAAUUCUCCCAGCGAGCGAGCGAUCUUGGAUAGGGCAAUACGGUUGUCUACAAAGGAGGGGAGGUGGCUUUUAUCAUGCGGUUUCGGCUAUCUGCGACUUUAAUAGCACUAUAUACCCCUUUGCUUCUUAUUGGGAUAGGGUGGUUGGAAGGUUUGAUUAGAAAGCGUAAAAGGAGGCAGUAAGGAACGAAGGCUGAUAUAACUCUGGCAGUUAUCGGCAGUAGUUAGGCUGGGUAGUGAGUGCGUACGGGUAGUUGGUUAGCUAGUAACUCAGUUGAUACCAGUGGGUGUGUCUCUUCGAACGUUGGUCAAACUCUGCGGUACCAAAUCACCGUACCCAGGAUCACUUGAGGUUUCAUGUAAGAGCUUCCAAGUUUCCAUUACCCGGUGGUACCUCGCAUGCCGUUGGUCACCUCGUCAAAGCAUGCCGCUCGUCUGUCGAUCCGAGCUACCUAUCUCGGAUGAUGGAACAAUGUAUUUCGUUAAGUCCCAUGGCAUGGAAUAUGGGGGCGGCUCUUCCUGGUU